UUUGAUUGUUGUUGUUAUCAAUAUAUAAUUUUUCUAUUAGAUUGUGUAAUUUAUGUUUGCUGAGAAAGAUCGGAGAAAAGUGUCAUGGAUGUGAAAGUGGCUUCCGAUUACUACCCAGUUGAAGAAGAUGGAAAACAGCUCAAAAGGCUUAGCAACACUACUGGUGGUCCAGUUGGAAGCGGCGACGCUGUUGCCAAUGCCAAUACCAACCGCCUUCGUGGCUGGCCCCACUACCCAGUUGUCGAAGAUGUGAAAGGGGCUUCCGACUACUACCCAGUUGUUGAAGAAGAUGGAAAACAGCUCAAAAGGCUUAGCAACACUACUGGUGGUCCAGUUGGAAGCGGCGACGCUGUUGCCAAUGUCAAUACCAACCGCCUUCGUGGCUGGCACCACUCUUCCAGAAUCAUUAGGGUUUCCCGGGCAUCAGGUGGCAAAGAUCGCCACAGCAAGGUCUGGACAUCCAAGGGUUUAAGAGACCGCAGGGUUAGGUUGUCUGUCGGUACUGCCAUUCAGUUCUAUGACCUUCAGGAUCGGCUUGGUUAUGACCAACCUAGCAAAGCUGUGGAUUGGCUAAUAAGAGCAGCUGCGGAUCCCAUUUCUGAGCUUCCUUCAUUGAGAAGCCCUUUUCCUGAUACCCCUAAUCAAUUGAGAGACGAGAAGCAUGCGAGUGAACAAAUCUUUGAUUCAGCUGAUGUGGAGUUAGAUAAUGACCCCAAUUUUCAGCAGAAUAAAAGCCAGCAUCUUUCUAGGUCUAAGUCCUCUUGGAACAGCGCCUCCGGGGACAGUGAAAGCUCCGGAUUGUCUCUCUCACGGUCUGAAAUCCGUGUCAAGGCGCGUGAGCGGGCGAGGGAGAGAGCGGCGAAAGAGAAAGAGAAGGAAAAUUGCAUUUCAAACAAUAGUCUCGAGAUUCCUCAGUCUUCAUCUUUGCUGUCACUGCCGCCAGAGUACAAGAAAAGCUUAGAGGCUGAGCCGGCAAAGGAAAUGGAUCUGAUGGAGUUGACAGCAGAUGACGGGAUGGAUAGGGAGUCGCAGGCAUGUAUGGAACAAGAAUUGGGCAAUGCAGCAUACACUAAGAAUGAUUUUGAUGCUGCAAUUGCGCAUUAUACCAAGGUGAUGGAGUUGGACAAUGGGAACAUUUCGUGUCUCAUGAAUCGGGCUGUUGCUUAUCUAGCAAUGGGACAGUAUGAUGAAUGUAUUAAAGAUUGUGACAAGGCUGUUGAAAGGGGAAGGCAGCUUAAAUCAGACUCUAAGAUGAUAGCAAUAUCUUUGACUAGGAAAGGAAUUGCCCUGGUGAAAAUGGCAAAACUCUCAAAGGAUUAUGAUACUGCUAUUGAGACUUUCCAGAAAGCUCUCUUAGAGCAUCGCAUCCCAUGCACAUUGAAGAAACUAAAUGAUGCUAAAAAAGCAAAGAGGGAACUAGAGCAGAGAGAAUACUUUGAUACAAAAUUAGCUGAUGAGGAACAUGAGGAAGCUUCAGGGGAAGCCAGUGUCUCUUCCUCUGGCAAUCAAAGUCAACCUUUAAAGCCAACCACUAACAAAAACCAAUGCCUUCUUGGAAUGCCAGAUCCAGAUGUGGAGGUGGUUGCUGUGUCUCCAAAGACCCUAUUGGCGAUGAAUGAAUUUGUUUGUGAAAUUUGCAAGAAAGGGUUUAAGAGGGAACAGAAUCUGCAGCUUCAUCGGCGAGGCCACAAUCUUUCUGGGAAGCCAAGUCAGAGGUCAAGCAAGGAUGUGAAAAAGAAGGUGUACAUGUGUCCAGAGCCAUCAUGUGUGCACCAUGAUCCAUCAAGAGCUCUGGGCGAUCUCAUGGGGAUAAAGAAGCAUUUCUGUAGGAAACACAGCGAGAAGAAGUGGAAAUGCAAUAAGUGCUCCAAGAAGUACGCGGUAUGGUCUGAUUGGAGAGCCCAUUCCAAGAUUUGUGGCACUAGGGAGUACAAAUGCGACUGUGGGACUUUGUUCUCCAGGAAGGAUAGCUUUAUCAAGCACCGGGUUUUCUGUGAUGCUUUGGCAGAAGGGAGCGCUAGAGCUCAGACUCAACCAGUAGUGAAUCCAAAUUCAAAGCUGGAAACCAAAAUUCAAGCAGUUGAUGAUCAAGGACGAAGCUACAGCCCCUCCUGGCUUUUCAAAAAUCUCCAUAACACCCCCCUCAAUCCAAAUCCUGGCUUAGUCUCUACAGUUGAUUCAUCUCCACCAACGCCAGCACUUGCUCGAGCUCAAGCUCGACUAGCUCCCCCACAGUCAACUGGUGUAAUAUCCUUGGUUUUGCCAAUCAAGAGUCCAGAAGAAACAAGUGAAAAUGAAAUAGCGUCAGAGCAUCAUGGUAUGGAGAUUGAUAUCGAAGAAGUUAAGAUGAAUGAUUCAAGUGAACAAAAGGAAUUUGAAAUUGAAGAAAUUGGGAAUGAAGCUUCACAAACAAGACAACCAGCUGUCAUACAGGUUGAGGAUAUGCAACUGCAAGCAUCAAGUACUCUGAAACCUCAAAGAGUGUUGUUUGAUGUCAAUGCAGUUAAUAUCCUUAAAUCUAGUGGGCUGAUGCAAUCUCAGAUUGAAGACGUUGAGAUGAAAUCUGAAGCAAGUGGAUGUUUUCUCAUGCAGGGUGGUUUAGGAUUAAUUAUGCCGCCAAAGGAUGACGAUUGGAAGAAUGCCAAAGAGAUUUACUUGAUGGACAACGAGUUGUCCAUUUUACCUGAGAAUCCAAGGUGUCCCAAUCUGUCAGCUCUGUUCCUUCCCAGAAACUACAAAUUGAGAACGAUUCCUCCAUCAUUUUUUGAUCACAUGCCAGCCCUUCAAAUCCUGAACUUAUCCAGGACUAGUAUCAAGUCAUUGCCUGAUUCCAUUAUCAAAUUGGUAAGCCUCAAAAGACUGUUUCUAAAUAAUUGUCAUCGUCUCAUGACAUUGUCACCAAAAGUUGGAGAUCACAAGCAGCUUGAGGUUAUUGAUCUUGAAGGGGCAAAGAUUAUGGAUUUACCUAUGGAGAUUAAGGAGUUGACUAAUCUGAAAUGCUUGGAAGUUUCAUUUUAUGGAUAUAUUAGUAAUGGCAAUGGCAAGAAAGCCAUGCAAUCAAAUGCAGUGGUUCCUUGUGGGGUAAUUUCUGCAUUGUCUCUGUUAGAGGAGUUGAAUAUUGAUGUGAAUCCAGAUGACGAGCGGUGGGAUGCAUGUGCGGAAGAUAUUGUUACUGAAGUAUGUACCUUAAAGAGGUUGGAAACUCUUAAGUUUUAUUUUCCAAUGGUGGAACUUUUGAGGCACUUUCAGUGGAAUAGCCUAAAGCUGUCUCAUUUCAGAUUUACUGUUGGUCACCAUGCUAAGCGCAUUAUGUCUCAAGUCCCAUGUGAUGUUGAGUUUGAGCUGGAACGAUGGGAGAAAUGUUUGAAAUACAUAAACGGUGUGGGUGUCCCUGGAGAUAUUAAGAAGGUACUCCAACAUGCAGUGGCAUUUUUCUUGGACAGGCAUGCGACUGUUAAGAAGCUAUCCGAUUUUGGGCUUAGAAAUAUGAAGCAACUAAAAUGCUGUGUCAUGGGGGAAUGUAAUGAGGUCCAAGUGAUUGUAGAUGAAGCAGAUGCUGAUGAAGAAGAUGAUACCAGCAAAAUAGUAUCUGAUUCAUAUGGUACUGAAAGAAUUGUUCUAGGAUCUCUUGAAUACCUUUAUAUAUAUUAUAUGAAGAAUUUAAGGAGCAUAUGGGAAGGGUCAGUACAGAAGAAUUCUUUAUUUCCUCUCAAGUCCUUGACAUUGCGCACAUGUCCCCAGUUGACCACUAUUUUCACACAAGGGUUGCUUGAUAACCUAUGCAACUUAGAAGAGCUUAAAGUUGAAGACUGCCCCUCUAUCAAAAGCAUAGUAUGUUGCGACAUUCCUGCUGAGCAUAAAACCUCUUAUUUUCUCCCAAAAUUGAAGAAGAUUUCACUUCAUUACAUGCCUGGAUUAGUUAGCAUCUCUGGUGGUUUACGGAUUGCGCCGAAGUUAGAAUGGUUGAGUUUUUAUAAUUGCCCAAAUCUUAAGAAUCCAUUAAUCGAUGAAGUAUUUAGUCAAGAUUUGAAAAAGAUAAAGGGUGAGAGGAGUUGGUGGGAAGCAUUGGAGUGGAGCAACGGUCGUCCGGGUUAUUUGGAUGAAAUUUUUGUUCCAAUUGAAGCAAGGGAUUUCUGAGCACUUUUAAUGUUCCCUAAUCAAAAUUAGUCUGUGCAUUUUCUUAUGGAAGCUCAUUGGUUCAUUGUCAAUGACUGUAUAAUUGUUAGCUGAGGCAUCCUUGGACCACUUUCUGUUUGCUGUGUGUAUACUCUUGCAGCUGCUUUGGCGGUCAGACACUACAUUGAAUAAAGUUCCUCUAGCCCGAUGUAUCUUUCUCAUGUUAUUUGUGAAAAAUGUGGUGUGUUUAGGCUUCUGAUACUCUAAACAAAAUGCUAAUGAAAUCCAAGUUCCUGAAUGUGUGAAAAUAUUUCCUGGAAUCCCACAAAGUACAGACUGUAAAGCUCUACUAAUGUAGGCCAUUUGUGUUGGUAUUC